AUGAAUGCCGCUGAAAUUUGCAAUCACGAAAAGAGCACCGAUCCUAUUUUGUACUCGCUCACCAUGGUGGCGAGGAGCAUAUUCGAGGAAAUGGCGAUGCUUGACGUUCAACGCUCAAGGCUUGCUAGGUAUACGGAGAAUACAGCUGUCGACUUUUUUCUCCUGGUAGAAUCGAAUGCAGAAGAGCUCGCUUAUAUGAAGGUAUACAAAUAUCAAUUAGAGACGAUGCUCAUGAUGAAUAGGGACUGUAUACAACAACGCUUCUCCCACCGCGGUAUUGUACCAUCAGACAAAUCUAACCCGAGAUAUCAUACUGAUAAAGUUGAACGAAAGGUCUCAGUUUCCAACGACCUUCAUCACUCUGAGUGCGGUGAUACUGUAAGGAUGGAAGAUGAGGCUCCCAACGUGUCUCGCCAUGAAGAGAUUGAACCCAGCUUCCCGUUGGAUUGGAACAUUGACUCGGUUCUGGCGUCACCGAUGGAUAUAAUGCCCAUACAGCACGCUGUCCCCGACUAUAUGAUAUAUACAUUGCCGCUGCUAUUACCAUUGCCGCUGCUAUUGCCAUUGCCGGCUCUAUCGUCUACAGUUGUCGCCCCCGACACUUCACUGCCUACUAUAGAUAUGCCAUCCGUGGCUGUGCCUACUGCGCCUGCAGUCAACGUCCCUUUGCGGGGAAAGACUAGGCGAGAUAGCCGCUCAAGUAUACUACGACCGCAAAUUACCAAGGUAAUCACAGUGUCGAAAAUAACGGGGUGUGAGCGCCCCUCACGAGUUGUACGCUCAAAAGGGACAAACGUAGAUGAGGAAAGAGAAUUUAAGAAGUACCUGCUCAAACCUCCAUGUAGCCGUAAAGAUUUGGUCAAGGGUUUGCACGUAAAUGACAGGGCAUAUGGUAUGACGAAAAAACUCGAUGAAACAGGGAUAAAUGAUGAUUUAGAAUGGCAGUCUAUGCUGCGAAGCCAAGUGAUAGCCGACCGCCUGGAUGCUGUGCGCGCGAUAGUACUUAACAUGAAGGUCGGACGGGGUUUGCUAGGAACAAAUCCAAAGAGCCAUACAAAUUUGAUACCAGCUCUGGCCGAUAUAUUGUACAUCAAGUUUUGUUGUCGCGACGAUACGCUUUCAUUAGAUAAGUGGGCGAAGCUGGUGCGAGAAGUAUAUUACCAAGUGAUAAAGGAACGAGAGGUAUCCCAGCCUCUUGGAUGUUCUUAG